UGGAGCACACUUCUCGACGAGAAACACAGCUGGAAAGAUGCGUCUAACUAUCAGUUACUUCUUGACCCUACUCCUGGUGCUGUUCUGCAGCAACGCUUAUGUGAACGCUAUGCCGCAAGGUCCGUGCGGUCCACCACCCAGUGGACCGCCUCCAAGUGGUCCAAGGCCGUCGGGACGGCCACCAGGCGGUGGUCCUUGCGGAUCGCCGCCAUCGACUACUGCGGCAACUGGCUAGGUGGACCCCAACGAAACCGAUUCCCAUCUGGCUACCCUGGCACAACCAUAAAUUCAGCAAGCAACUCUGCCCUGGAUUCAGGAUUCUGUUUUUUUUUUGUUUGUUUUUAUAACCAUCUUGUACCUCUUCAAUUCUUUUGAUUUGUAGACCUAAAAUAUAUAUUUCACUAAUCAGCAA